AUGGGCACAACAAAUGGCAAUAAGGGAUCGAAGAAGAUUCUUUACGAGUCUCUUUGCACAGUGGAGGCCGAGAACUUGAGUGAAGCAUGCAAUAGUGCUAUUGAAGGGGAAAGGCCACCUACUGGGAAAAGGGCUCAAAUAUUAAGGUUUAUCGGAGAGAUGUGCUGCUGCGGGGACAUGUUUGGAGCAGAUACAUUUAUCAAUGAAUCUGUGUUUUCUGCAAUGGGAUAUAUAGAGAAGAAUGGAUGGAAAGUGAAGGGGAUAUUCAUCAGCUCCGAGUCGGAAGAGAACGUGAAUAACUGUGUCAAGCUGCUUGAAUUGAAUGAAAAGAUAGACUAUCCUUCUGUACACCCAAAGGAUGUUGGAAUGGGUUUCAAGAUCUAUGUAGAGGAGAAUCUGAAGAACAUCAUUCCGCUCAACGUCCGAAAAAGAGUUAUAGAAGCAUAUAAAAACAAAGAUGAUGAGAGGAAAGAGAUAAUAAUUCCUAGGAUUCCUUUUGUGCUAAGUGAUCCAAACAGAAUGUUUCUUAAGUCAUUGAAAAAUAUUUUCCUUGCAAUCGAAACAAACACUGGGGAAAAUGAAGUGGAUAUUGAUGAAAUAUAUAGACAGUUUGGGCCUUUGAUAAUAAGAAGACCAAGUGAAAUGCUUGAUACGGACACAGAUAUCUUGAAAAUGAUACUGAUGGAUUUAAUGAAGGUAGACUUCGAUGAGUUUCCUAUUUCUUUCUAUCCAUGA